GCUGUAAGGCGGUCAUAGUCCCUUUAAUUCAUGCAGCUGAGCAGCAGUGGCAGUAGUCUCCCCUCUGCAGCGUCGUCCUGCCCCGCCGCUCCGUUUUUGGGACGGCUCGCUCGGCCCCCGUGGUCUCCCCAUUGGCUCAGCUGUUGGAGCCGCUCCUUCGCUUCUUCUUACGGUUGAGUCGACAGUUUGUUCCAGCUCACCAAAGUACCCCUUGAAUUUCUCAAAACUGCCCGGUGGAAAGUUUCCCCAGUCAGCAAAUCGUAUGUGUUACCCAGAUAAAGCCUGAAGCCAGAUACAGAGGAGACUCGGGGAAGCCUUGCGAGAAGAAGAGCAGAGAAACCAACACCAGCAGCAGGACUCCUGGAAACUCUACUCCUCUGGGGGGCCGUGCUCUCUCUCACAUGAUGGAGAAGCCCACUCUGGAUUCCAGUGAGGAGAGAACCUGGCUGGGAGAGGGCCAGUCUGAGGUCCAGCUUGCAACCAGUCCUGACCCAACAGGGCCGAAUGAUGACGAUCGACCGGCCUGGGAUUCUAAAAUCCAGUAUGUGUUGGCUCAAGUCGGCUUCAGCGUGGGCUUGGGGAACGUCUGGAGGUUUCCAUACCUUUGCCACCAAAAUGGAGGAGGGGCCUUCAUGCUUUUGUAUGUUUUUCUUUUACUGAUUGUGGGAGUCCCCCUGUUUUUUAUGGAGCUGGCAGCUGGCCAAAGUAUUCGACAGGGAAGCAUUGGCGUAUGGAAGCACAUCUCCCCAAAACUGGUGGGGAUCGGCUACUCCAGCUGUGUGGUUUGUUUUUAUGUAGCUCUUUACUAUAAUGUCAUCAUUGCAUGGAGUCUUUUCUACUUGGGAAAUUCCUUCCAGUAUUCUUUGCCGUGGGAACAGUGCCCGAUUGAAGUAGGCACCAAUGAAACAGUAAAGGAAUGUGCGAGUAGCUCUCCAACGCAGUAUUUCUGGUUCAGGAAAGCGCUGAACAUCACCAAUUCGAUAGAGGAAUCUGGAGAGUUUAACCCCAUCAUGACGGGAUGCUUACUGGCUGCUUGGGCGAUCGUAUCGCUGGCUAUGAUCAAGGGCAUCAAGUCCUCUGCAAGGGUGAUGUACUUUUCCUCAGUUUUUCCCUAUGUGGUGCUCUUCAUUUUCCUCAUCAGAGGGACGUUAUUGGAUGGAGCCAUAGAUGGAAUCACAUACAUGUUUUAUCCCAAACUUGAGAUUUGGGGGAACGUACAGGUGUGGCGCCAGGCAGCUACUCAGGUGUUUUUCGCAUUGGGUCUGGGCUAUGGCUCUGUUAUUGCAUAUUCCUCCUACAAUCCAGUCCACAACAACUGCCACAGGGAUGCCCUGAUGGUCUCCAGCAUCAACUUUAUGACGUCUGUGCUGGCCUCACUGGUGGUGUUCGUGGUGCUGGGUUUCCGGGCCAAAACCAUCGCCCUACAUUGCGUUGCUGAAAAUCUUGGUGUGUUGAAUCUUAUGUCCUCUAAUGGAUCCAGCCAGCCAUGGUGGCCUUGGUUCAACGUUACGGAUCCGAACUCUGUGUCUUUACCUGAAUACAGACAGUGGUACCAUGAGCAUGGCUCCACACUGGGUCAGUUCACUGACUGCAAUUUGGAGGAGGAGAUGAACAAGGGCGUUGAGGGGACGGGCCUGGCAUUCAUAGCGUUCACUGAAGUCAUGGCCCUCUUCCCGGCCAGCCCCUUCUGGUCCACGCUGUUUUUCCUGAUGCUCCUCAACCUGGGCCUGAGCACCAUGUUCGGGACCAUGCAGGGAAUCCUCACGCCUCUCAUGGACAACUUUAAACUCCUCGGCCGCCAUCGGACCAUCCUCACCGUGUUCAGCUGUGCUUUGGGGUUCAUAAUUGGUUUAUUGUUCACCCAGCGAUCUGGCAAUUAUUUUGUGACGAUGUUUGACGACUACUCUGCAACCCUACCACUUGUUAUUGUUGUGAUUUUCGAAACAAUCAGUGUGGCAUGGGUUUAUGGCACAGAUCGUUUCCUGGAUGAUAUUGAACUCAUGCUCAAGUGGCGCCCUCCGGUGGUGUACAAAUAUCUCUGGAAAUACGUGUGUCUGCUGGCAAUGGUUGGUCUCCUGGCUGCCAGUUUACUGCGAAUGGUUUUCAAGGGACCCACGUACACCGCCUGGAAUCAGACCGCAGCCUCUGAGAUGACACUGGAGUACCCAGGCUGGGCCCUGGCUAUGAUUGUCUUGCUCAUCGUGUUCGCCAGCCUUCCUGUGCCCAUCGGUUACAUCCACUCCGUGCUGAAAAAGCGCUCCGCCCUCGACGUCCCCCCCCAGGAGGGCCCCGGCCCCGAGGUGCACCGCGAGCUGUACACCAAGUGUAACUCCACCGAUCAGCUGGACUCCAACUCACAUCCGGCCCCCUGUGAGGAAGACGGGGUUCGUCCCAGGACUUCCUUCCUGCCGGUGGGCAACGAGCAGUACCGGCUCCUUCCACAGCAGGAGGAGGAGGAAGGGGAAGAAGAAGAGGAGGAAGACACGGGAGUGUGAGGGGGAUAUUCAAGCUGAUCAGAUUUUGGACUGUGAUGAGAAAAGGAGAGAGCAGUACAGACUAAAGUGAGAACAGUCUGUUACAGUAUUUUUUUUUUUUUCGUCAGAAGAGUUAUUUGUUUUAUAUCUUUAUUCAAAAAUUUAUGUCAAUAAGCCAAAAUCAUUUUAAGUAUUUAAAAAUGAAAUCCAACUCCUCCAUGUGGUUCCCUACUCCACUUUCUGAACCACAUUUAAACUGACUGAAGAGAAAGAUGCAAAUUCUUUUGACCAUCUUAACUUCAUGUGGGAGUCAUAACUGAGCUGGUGGUCAAUCAAGCCACCAAUCGGCUAUGAAGAAUAUGUUUUUAGAUAAAUAAGGCUUUAGUUUGCGAGAAAAACUAUACUUUGAGAAACUGUGAUGUUUGCAUGUCUGUGUAUGAUAGUGGUGUUAGUGUGUCUGUGUGAAACUGGAUGGCGAUUUAACCGUUUUGAUUUUUAUAAUCAGUGUUUUCAGACUAGAGAGGUUGAAAGAAUGAAGCUGCACAUUUUAACAUCUUGGCAGGAAAAAGAUCAAACUUUACUUUGAUAGUUUGGGGUUUACUCACCUUUUGCUUCAGGGAGGAUUCUGUCUCCGGAACAAUACGAGGUUGACUGACUGGUUCUGUCCAGGUGACUGGACCGCUGAGUCACAUCACCUGGGCAUUUGACACCCAAACUGAUGAGCAGCAAACAAACCACACAUACAGCCUAUUUCAAAAGAGUAACUAGAGUCAGUUGUUUUAAUUUGUUGUUGAAAAUGAGUCGCAGAUAUGAAAUAAAACUAUUUUAUUUAACAGGUUAAAAAGUGAUGUUCUGGGUUAAUUAAGUAAAUGAAAAACAAAUUAAUCAGAAUUAAUCAAUGUUGAUGAAAGAAAUCCAUUUCUUUCAUCUUAUCAGAAUAAGAACUUUAUGUUUUGUUGCACCUCUUUUGGCUUUUCUAACAACUUCAAUUCUGUAAAGAAUAUAUUUCACUAAUGUGAAACAUUAUUUUAGCUCAGUCUCUUUGAGCCACUGUUUCACAACCUUGACCCAAAAUACCAAAAUACACUUUAUGGUAUCAAAGUAUCUUCAGAAAAAUGUUAUGCAAAAAUGACAACAGGAUGUUUUUGCUUUUAUCUAAAACAGGAAAGCAAGAGUUAUUCCUACUACUGCUAAAAUAAUACAAAAUAUUAGUAUUAUUAAUACAAAGUAUUCUAAAUACUGUUGACUAUUACAGUUGUGAUUAGGUUUAUGAUAUGUAUUUAUUGUUAUUUUAUUAAAAUACACAGACUUAUUAGAAAUACCUUAUUACCAGCCACUACCUUUAUCUGUAGUGUUCAAGUAUACCUGCUCAUUCUCAUUCAUUUACCUUUUUGUUUAAUAGAUCAACAAACAGCUGAAUUUAUUUUCCUGUAGGCUAUACAGCAUGGUAGCAGCCUCCUUUCAGCCAGCUGAUCAGUAGUGUGCAGCAGCUACUCUGCUCCAAACAGCCAGUGGAAACAUUCCAGCUCUGUCUCUGGCAUCUGGUUAACAAAGACUUAAAAAUGUAGUGAUCUGAUGUCUCAGUGGUUGUGAAAGUAACUUUUUAAAACUUAAAUAUCUGUUGGUAGCGGUAGUUGCAAUAUUUUUGUCUAAUUUUUGACAAAUCACACAAAACACUUUUUUCAGUGUUAGACAUUUUCUGUUGAAAUGAAAUCUGGACUUUUUGCUGGCUAUAUUAAGUCGACAUGCCUUCCAGAAGAACGACUAUAACGCUCUUAGCUCAGCAGAGAGAUACGUUAUCAUCUGGGGAAAUUAUUUCAUCUUCAACAAACUGAAAUAACCCAACAUUGUUGCAGAACACUAACUGUGAGAAAUGUGCUUGUUUUUUUUUUUUGGUUUUUCUGUGUUUCUUUGGAAUGUUGCAAAACAAGAUUUAUGACUCAGAACAAAACUUUUAUCCAGGUAUCCACAGCUUCUCUUUAAUCCACCAGAACCUUCUGUCUUUCAUUUCUUUGGUGGCUUUUCUGUUUUCAAUGCAUGUUGCUGGAGCUUUGACUUUUGUCUCAUUGGUCAAUCUGUAAUUUUCUCUUAUCCAGCCUUCCUAAAUUGUUUGUCCAGCCAGUUUAUAGAAACAAAAAAACAUUUUCCUUUCUAUUGUUUCACCUGCUGUUAUCUGCAGACUCAUUUGCAUAAUUAGACAUAUUCAUGCAUUUGUUUCAGAAAUACAAAUUGCAGGGGAACGCCAUCAUUUUUCUUCAGUAUUGAGUGAUACCUUAUUUUUUCGUAGCCUUGAUCGGAAAAUGAAUGUAACACUAAUAAACUAGUGAUUUCAUCUUUUUUACAAGGGAUUGUUCUGCUGAGAAGUCUUUCUUUGAAAAAAGAUAACCAGCAGCAACAGUUUUCAUCUCUGUUUUGUGUUUUUCCGUGAGAUCAGGAUGAUUUGAGUGCAUGUUUUCUGAAUUGGUUUGCUUUUGAAAUAAAAAAAAAAUAAUGUGACAGUAAGACAGCAACUUUAUUUUACCUUUGGUUUUACCUGGGAAGAUCACACAAGUUUAUGCAUGUACAGUGGUGUUGUGGUCAAUAAUGAAAGUGUUUCUGCACCACAAUGUGCAGAAACAAAUCAAAUUCCCCCAGCGCCCUUGAAUGUGAAAGCAGAUUAAAACAAUUGACAAAACACA